CGGCGAGCCGCCGCUUCCCUGGCAGCUGCUUGUCCCCGCCGCUCCCUUUGGAACGUGCAUCCGCGCGCAUGCGCGCCCCCGGCCAUUCACUCGCUCUUGCCGGGCACGCGGGGGUCGCCUUGCUGUUGCUGGGCAGCUUUCUUGCGGCCGACAAAUCAGGUGUGGAUCAUGGAUACUGUCCUAGACAGGUGCUGAGGGUACCAACAGUUGGAUGGAGAUGAAAUUGCUGUGCCCGUCUGUUCAGUAUUUUAGGGGGCUUUCUCGGAUGUGUGUGCCAACUUAGAUUGUCUUGCAUGCUGAUCAGCCGUGGAUUUAUGGAGGGGUCCGGGCGCACCUUUGAGCACUGCCACGCACAACAUCCUGCCCGCUGAACCCAGGACGACGAUACCCCGCUUGAACCUGGCGCUGAGCCCUUGGGCUUAACCAUUCACAUCUCCCGUGCAUGGCUCUUGCAGCCGAGGGAGAAUUUUAUCUGGCUGCCGCCCCAGCCUGAGCCGCACCGGGGUUCCCUCACUGCCCCCAAAUAUUUUACAUAUCCAGAUGGGGUAACGUGACGGCCCAGGAGGGGACGCCAGCUGGUAAAACCGAAUGCAGAGGCCUUUCCGGAGAGGGGAGAGCGAAGAAGGGAAGCAGACGGCGCUGAGGGACGACUGCCCUGAAAUUGCACACACAAGGAAAAAUUGACACUACAAAAGGAUUUUUUUUAAAAAAAAGUAUUAUUCAGAGUCAAGCACAGGGUUCUUUUUUUGUGUGUUGGGUGAUUUAGAGAAUCCAACACACCCUCCCCCCAGAAAAGCUGGGGAUAUUUGCACAACAUUAAUUUUAGGGAGGGAGUAUUUUGCCAAACUCUAGGGGAUUCUGUUUUCCUUUUUGACCUGCAAGAUCUUUUUUUUUUCUUUUCAUUUUUGGGGUGUAUCCGACCUCGCUUUUAUUUUUCACUAUGGCCCGAAUGAAUCGGCCCGCACCUGUGGAGGUCUGCUACAAGAACAUGAGGUUCCUCAUAACCCACAACCCGACCAACGCGACACUGAACACCUUCAUCGAGGAUCUGAAAAAAUACGGCGCGACGACCGUAGUGAGAGUGUGUGAAGUAACCUACGAUAAGACUCCACUGGAAAAAGAUGGCAUUACUGUCAUGGACUGGCCGUUUGAUGACGGGGCCCCCCCACCUUCCAAAAUCGUCGACGACUGGCUGAACCUGCUGAAGACUAAGUUCUGCGAAGAUCCCGGCAGCUGCGUGGCCGUUCAUUGCGUGGCUGGCCUGGGACGGGCUCCUGUUCUGGUGGCGCUGGCUCUGAUCGAGAGUGGAAUGAAAUACGAAGACGCCAUUCAGUUCAUUAGACAGAAGCGCCGCGGGGCGAUCAACAGCAAGCAGCUGACGUACCUGGAGAAGUAUCGGCCGAAGCAGCGGCUCCGUUUCAAGGACCAUCAGAACCACAAGAACAAGUGCUGCAUCAUGUUGUGAGACGGGACCAGAGACUCUUAAAGCUUCUGGCGGGCUGUGCUUUUCUCUCUUCUAGAGCUCCUCAGCUGCCCUUAGCUCACAGCUGCUUCGCUUCUUCCAUUAAACGUCAAAAAUGAGGUCACGUUUUCCGCCACCCUCUUUAUGAUGUAAAAUUGUGCGGAUGCUGCCCGCAGCUUAACCAGGUGCUCAAACACUGGCUCAGUUGUUCGGCUUGCUUGCAAAAGCAUCCUGUGUUUGUAUUACCUUCUUGGCUGGGCCUUGCAGUGUUUUCCCAAUUGUUGGUUACCGGUAAGAAUGGUUCCCGGGCCAUCUUUGACACCAGCCCGCUUUUGUGGCGGCGAGGAUGCGUAGCUCGUCCAGCUUGGUGCCAGAUCCCACCAGAGGGAAAACCAGAAAGGGUCUGGGAGUCCUAUUCCAGAUCGAAAAUAUGACAUCCUUUCAAAAUAUAAUUUUUUAAAAAAGAAGGCCUCUUUAGAACCACCUCUCUCUUCGACUCUUGUUUGGAGUUCCCGGCCUCCAGCACCAGGUCAUCAACACCCGGUACCUUUUAAGCACAAUCUCAAGGGCACCACGGCCUGCUAAAUUGCCCCUUUGAGGGGAAGGAGGCCAACAAAUCUAACUUUCUGCCCCACCUGCCUUCUUUUCCCACCCUCAACACCACAGUUCUCUGCAAGCCUGCCUGCAUCUCCUUCUUGAGUAGCUGAGCCAGGGUGUUCCACUCAGAACUCCCGUUGGGUGCUUUAGAGAGGUACACAACAUCCAGCUUCUUUCUUUCCGUGUAGCAAAAGGCAGUUCCCUGCAAUAGAUUCUUGGCGAGGCACGGCAACGCUGAGCCCUUCCCCACGGCAUGGCACACGACUAGUUCCCAUGUGCCACUGCCUGACCGAAGUGGUAAUCUAUGUGCGGGCAGUGACCUUUUCAAACCUGGCAGCUCCGAUUCUGAACACCAGCGUCCUCCUGCCUGUCCCCCAUACAGAGCCACAGAAGUGUCACCAGCGCUGUGAAAACCAGACACCACAUCUUUUCUGUGGUUCUGCUUUUUAAUAUUCUGUUCUGCUUUUAAUGCAGAAACCCCUGGAUCUUCGGCUGCUGCGAUUAUGCUAUUUUCAGUCAGCAUCUUCCUCACAACAGUUAGACUCAAGUCCAGAUUUGGGGAGGUAUAAGUUUUUGAGAGUCAAAGCUAUCAGCGUGAUGUAGUGGUGAAGAGCAGGUGCACUCUAAUCUGGAGAACCAGGUUUGAGUCCCUGCUCUGCCACUUGAGCUGUGGAGGCUUAUCUGG